AUGGCAUCUCAAGGCUGCAGAUGGGCCAUCACCUGCUUACUCUGCCUGGGAGUCAAGGAGGACCAGGAAGAGCAGCAUGAUGUGAAAGCACAGAUGAUCUUUCAGGCUGGAGAGGGGAGAGAGAAGAAAGGUGUUCGGGGCCAGCCUGGAGUGGGAGAAGUGGGAGCAGACAGUGAAGGAGAAGAAUUAAAAGGAGGAAGAGCAGGCCCCUUUGGUCCUGGUGCUCCAGGUCCUAUGGGUGAUGGGAAGAAGAAUGGUGGCACCAGCGGAAGUGGCAUGGAGCAAGAGCAAACGCAGCUGGUUGCUGAGGGUACGGAGAGACAGAAGGGCCUAAAGCCUCCGGAGAGGCCGAUGGCCCUCCACCAACUUCGGUUCACCCAGCGGCAGCUGGAGCAAUGGGAGACCAUUCUCCAGCGCAGUGACUAAUUUAAGAUGAGGAGCAUUACACACAGAAGAAAUGGGAGGAGGAGGACCAGAAUUGCACCAUCUAGGCCCUAG